AUCAAGAUGAAUAUUGUGAAUGGAGCGUGGAGAGAGGAAUAGAUGGAAAAAUUGUCAAAGUUGCAUUUACAUGCGAAGUACCAGAAUAUUGGGAAUUUCUCGCUCUAAAAGAUGUCGAAAAAUUGCUGGAAUUGUAUUCUGAAUUCACUGGAAAAAAUGUAUUAAAGGAAGAUCUUUUUGUUAACAAUAAAUAUGACCGAAAAAAUAAGUGGAAUUACAAUAGUAAUAGUGGAAAUAUCGUACAUUUGAUCCAAACGGACAACACGCUUAUUGAUGGAGUUGAUAUUACUAUUUGUUCCAGUAUUACUCGUGUCACCAAUGAAAAAUACGUCAAUAAUGAACGUAUUUUGACUACAGAGCAGGAACUCAUCAAAUAUGGCCUCAAUGGCAAGCCUGAUAGGUUUUCUGACCCUCAUAUUGGGGCAUUCGUGAAUAAGCUUGCUCGUCUAGGUGCAGAUGUGACAAUUCGCAACCCACCCGCAAUUUAUUUUAAUGAUCUGGAUACUUCAUUAUUUAAAACUCCCGAUGGAUCUGAUCCAAAGUGCUACUGGCAUAUUCUCCGUGGUAAUGAAAAAAAUGGGUAUGUCCGUGCUGAAUAUAAGGUUACUGGUAAAGAGUUUUGUGUCGGAGACAUCCAAAUCAACGGAAUUCCUAUUAAUUUCGGUGCACAGAUUGCUGAUUUUGUUACUAUGCGUAUUCCGGUUGUUGCUUGUCGCUUUGGCCAAAGUACCAUCCCACCUUUUACUGUAAAAUCAAUGUCAAACUCAAAUAUAUGCCACCAUAUGACUUUAGAUGACAUACUUAACGCUGGUGAAAAUAAUGGUGUUUCUAAUUGA